UAUUUCUUUGGAUUUACGUUAUGUAAACAGUACAUCAAUAAUUUAAAUAUGUUUCUGAAUAUUAAACUAUUAGUAGUUUUGAAGACAUUGUAUAAUUCAGAUUUGUUGUUAAAAUUUAAUAUAAAUUGUGAAGGAGCUACAACUCUCGUGAACUUUCUGUGUAUGAGGACUUUAGCCGCUGGAUUACCAAAAUUCAAGGCUACGGUUUAAGCUUUUUCCUACAAAAAAUGUCCAAUGUCCCGAUCUCCAUUGCUUCUAAGCUUUCCAGUUUGUCUGAUACAAGCAUUUUUUGUUAGCAGACGAAGGAAAUUCCUGCACUCGGGAGAAAACGUUUUGUGUUCUAUUUGUUAAGGCACAUGAAAAUUCACACUGGAAAAGAACCUUUCCAGUGUUCCGUUUGUGGAAAGAAUUUCACUACAAAACAAUACUUAAAAAUUCACAUGAAUAACCACACCGAUGACACUAGUGUUCACCGUGCAAAUACCGAUUCCAUGAGAAUCGAAAGAAAAUAAUUGUUUAGUAGUUUGUUGGCCAACCCUGAGAGCGCAACACUGAUGCAAGACACUGAUUGCGAGAUUAAAAUAAUAGUUAUAGUAGACCUAAGUACACAGCCAUACUAAGUUAAAAGUUUCGCAAGUGGUAAAAAUUGUUGCACUAGGGAGGCUAUUUCAAAAAAUUGUGAAUUUCUUGCUGACAGGAUUGUGAUAAUAAUGGACAAUAUAAAUAUUUUAGCGGAGAGUGUAAUCAAAAUAGAAAAGAUUAAAGAAGAAGUGUGUGACUAUCAAGAAGAGAGUCUCUGGAAAUACACUGAAGAUCAAAACAGUCCAGAGCAGUGUUUGCUGAAGGUAGAAAACGAUGCAGAAGAUGAUCCUCUUGCAUCGUGCAGCGAAGAUGUUCCUGCUUUAAUAAAAGAAGAAAAUGAUUUCUGUUUCCAAGGUGAGUAG